GAGACGCCCUACUUAGUACCCCCUUUGUUCAAAUCUCGCUUUUUGUUUUAUUGAUCUACGCUGCGCCCGGGAUAUGGCAACUCAGCUGCUGCUGUCGUUUCCACCUUCAGCGGAGGUAUCGGAUGCAGAGUAUGACAAGACAAUACGUUCGUUCUGUGUCAGUCUCAAAAAGCUAUCUUUUGGUGCUUUAGUCGGCCCAAACACAUCUGGGCAGGGAAAUCAUCUUGAGAUACUGGACCCAGCCAUACACUCUGUGGCAUAUUUACAUGUUCUUCUGGCAUGUCAUCAGAUUUCUCAAAAGUCUGAUAAAUCAUCCUUUCAGCCGGGCGGGGAAGGCUGGGAGAAAGCAUUGAUAUUUUUCGAAAAAUUUGACCCGGUCCAAGUCCGCUAUGCGGGGCGUGAAUUCACAAAUCUAGUUGAAAUCAUUGCAGUAAUUGCAAGCACUCCGCAAAAGUCAUUGCUGGCCAUUCAGCCCCUCAAGAAUGCCUUGCUUCGGCUGGAUCCCUCGGGUUCUACCUUGACAGCAACACACACAUUGUUUGUGCGUACAUGCCUUAAAGCUAACGCUUGUCGUGCUGCAUUGCCAGUACUGGAGAGACCUAUCUUCCAUAUACCUACAUCAGUGGAUAGAACAUACCAUAAACGAGCGCAGAUACUACCCUGUGUCAAGGAUCAAUCUAGCUCAACAUUUAUUACGGAUCUCUCUGGUCUUGCGGGAAUGAUUACUCACCAUACUUAUCUCGAAUAUUACCUAUACGGGGCUAUGAUAUACAUGGUUCGAAAGGAGUGGGAUGACGCUUUGAGGUUCCUACACAUUGUUAUAGCUGCGCCAGUCACUAAUACUGUGAGCAAGAUCAUGGUUGAAGCGUACAAGAAGUGGAUUCUAGUGCGUCUUUUGGCCAAGGGACAGGUCUCAGCUUUGCCACGGGGGAUACCUCCAUUUGCAGUGAAGAUAUUUAAGUCUCUCUCUAGACCUUAUGAAGCGCUUGCAGACAUAUUCCGCGACGGUACUCUGCAAAGAUUGGAAGCAGAAAUAUCCGUAGGAAUUGAUCUAUGGGAUCGGGUAAGUUUAAAAGAAUGCUUUUCCGGCAGCUUAAUUCCGAGAUGUGACAUGAUAUUGACCUACAGCAGGAUGGGAACGCCCACCUUGUAUACCAGCUUCCUGCUGCGUAUCGUCGGUUCUCUAUUUUGAAGUUGGAGAGGGUGUUUUCAGCGAUAUCAAUACCUGAAAUUGCAAACAGAGUCUCUUACGAAUGCUGUUCUGCUCAAAAAUUAGAGGAGUAUAUCGCUUCAUUGAUAGCGGAUGGUCAGUUAAACGCACGACUUGUCCAGG